CCACACAUGCUAGAUUAUAAAUCAUUAUAAAUACUUCAAACCUGUAUCUUCUCGUGCUCUGCACCGAGGCUAUCCACCUCGUCCUUUGACCCCAACGCCAUUGCAACGCAAGUUUACAACAAUGUUAUCCUUGCAACGCCCCAACCACAUAAUACGCUCGAAUUCUUCUAAUCAUUCCUUACAACAACUCUUAAGGCUCUCGAGGCAAGGUCACGCCCUCGCGACGCUUCCCUCGAGCUCCUCGAGGACCGCGUCCAUAAACCGCCCCGGCGCACUCAGCGGCGGGGCCGGCCCCCGCUCCCAGCAACCGCAGCAGCUGCCGCUAAACCGCGUGGAGUUGGAGUGCGUCGUGAACUCUGUUCGCUGGCUUCCCGCCACCUCGCCGCAGCAGCAGGUGGUGGUAGCCUCCGUGGGUGGCUUCGGAGACCAGGCGGACGUGAUAGAGGUUCACCUAUCCUGCAUCAACC